AUAAUGUACAAAGAAUUAGAAAUUGCAAUUAAUAGUAUUGAUGAGUAAACGGAAAAGUAAUUAAAAUCUACGAUUUCCAAAUUGGUUAAAGGAUUUUCAUAAUGUGUGGAAAAUGAUAAAGCAGAUUGUAAAAAAUAUUCGACCAUUUUUGAUCCUUUAAAAAACAGCCUUGAUUAAGAGAAAUAGGGACUCUAUAAAUGCGUAGAUGAAAAUCAGACCAAAUAUCAAUAAUGCAUUCAAACCUUUUAGAAAAAGUCAUUAUAAAUAAUUUUUUAAUAAUUGACAAAAAUAGAAAAAGAGAUUAAGUGAUGAGGG